AUGUCAUCUUUACUAUCGGAAGUAGAAACCGCAGAUAUACUGCCCAUCGUGAAAGAUACGAGUCCAUCUGUUCCGGAUGGUACCAUAACUAAGCUCCCUGCCCCAUCCAUAGAGGAAGUUGAUGAAGACCCAGAAGCUUUAAGGGCACUUAGAGGACAAGGCCGUUAUUUUGGUGUUCCUGAUGACGAUGUAAACGGUAUUAAAGAGCUAGAACCUAAGUGUAAUAAUUGUUCUCAGAGAGGACACUUAAAGAGAGACUGUCCCCACGUCAUAUGUACAUAUUGUGGAUCUAUGGACGAUCAUUAUUCUCAACAUUGUCCAAAGGCUAUCAAAUGUGCCAAUUGUAACGAAAAUGGGCAUUAUAGAUCGCAAUGUCCGCAGAAGUGGAAAAGAGUUUAUUGCACACUUUGUAAUAGUAAAAGGCAUGCAAGAGAUAGGUGUCCCAGUAUAUGGAGAGUUUAUUUAUUGAAAGAUACAGAUGAAAAGAAGAGCUCUCUAAAAUUACCAUUUGAAAACAUUUUUUGCUAUAAUUGUGGUGUUUCUGGUCACUUCGGAGAUGAUUGUGACCAAAGAAGAUCAUCUCGAGUGCCGAACGACGAUGGAAGUGCAUUUUCUGGCGAUAAUCUAGAUUCAAAGUUAAAAAAUCAAUAUUACGAUAGAUUAGAAGAGUAUAUCAAGGAAAAUGAACAAAAGUACUAUGAUAAUUAUGCUGAUGAUUUUAACUAUGACGAUUAUGAAUAUGAUGAUGCUUCCUAUGAUGAUAGGUAUAACAAUAAUAAUAAUAAUAAUUAUAAUAACAAUUCGAAAAAACGCCGGAGAGCAGAAUCUCCAUUUUCCUCCCAAUCAUAUAGUGAUAAGAGAAGUCAACGACCAAAUAGAAAUUCUCAAGGUAACCAAAGAAAUAGAAAUGUAUCCCAUCCAUUGGACUACCCAAGAUCAACUCAACAGAACAUGAAUAGUUCUAGAUAUGGAAGUGGACAACGAGAUAACAGCAGGCAAACCGCAAACUACAAGUCGUACAAUUCGUUCAAACCAUUCAGAAGUGGGACCCUUAGAAGAUAG